AUGGGCCGAUUGUAUGUAGCUUCUCCACUUGAAGGAGAGAGAUUUUACUUGAGAUUAAUGCUCAACCAUGUGCGAGGUCCUCAAUCAUUUGAAGAUUUAAGAACAAUUAAUGGUAUCACAAAACCAACAUUCCGAGCUGCUGCGGAAUCCCUCGGUCUAAUUGAGAGUGAUGAAAGCAUCCGUCAGUGUCUUCUGGAAGCAUCUACUGUAAGAAUGCCAUCAUCAUUGCGAAGAUUAUUUGCAACCAUAUUGGUAUACUGUCAACCAUCUGGAUUACGUGCCCUAUGGGACGAGUUCUUCACCUUCAUGGUUGAGGAUUAUCCAUCUUCAAGCACGACAACUAACAAUGAUGUUCUCACUCACAAGCUUUUGCAAGACUUAGACCGUUUAUUACGACCACUGCGAAAAACAAUUUCUGACUUCACAGAGUUGCCAAGUUUACCAGAAAGAACUGAGGACAUCGACGAUCUUCCUGCAAUCAUGGAGGAGUACUUUUCUGUGCCAGUUCCAGAAGAGGAUAUGAUGUGUGUAAACAAUCUUAAUAGUGACCAACGACAUGCGUUCGACACAAUUAUGGAUGUUGUCACUUCAAAAGCUGGAGGAGCUUUUUUCGUUGAUGGCCCAAGAGGUACAGGCAAAACAUUCUUAUACAGAGCACUUCUAGCUACCGUAAAAGGAAGAGGUGAAAUUGUUGUUCCCACGACAACAUCUGGUAUUGCAGCAACGUUGUUGCAUCAGGGAAGAACAUCGCACUCGACUUUUCAGCUUCCAUUGCAGCCUGAUAGCAACUCAACUUGCUCAUUCACGAAGCGUUCCAAAACUGCCACUAUUCUAAAACACUAUACCAUAAUUAUAUGGGAUGAGGCUCCAAUGACACACAGGUAUCAAUUUGAAGCUGUUGACCGAUCACUGAGAGAUUUAAUGGAAAACGACUUACCGUUUGGGGGAAAAAUUAUUGUGUUUGGUGGUGAUUUCAGACAAGUGUUACCAGUGGUUCGAAACGGAACAAGGACUCAGAUGAUAGAUGCAUCCUUUGUCAAGUCCCCUAUUUGGAGACACGUAAAUAUUUUGCAUUUGAGGGAAAAUAUGAGAUCAAGAGAUGACAACACAUUUGCUACUCGAUUGUUCUCAAUUGGCAACGGAGAUGAACCUACCGUGUCAGAUCAAAUGAUAAAAUUGCCAAACCAUAUGGUCAUACCAUCAAUUGAUGAUGUCUCGAUUGAAAUGUUGAUUGACCAGGUUUUUCCAAAUCUAAGUCAGCAUGUGGGAGAAGGAAAUUAUAUGGUUGACAAGGCCAUCAUUACACCCCUUAACGAAGAUGCUGACAAGAUAAAUGAUAAGGUUGUUGAGAAGUUUCUUGGAGAAGGAAAAACAUACUAUUCGAUUGAUUCUGUUCCCGAAGAUAGGAGAAAUUUGUACCAGCAAGAGUUUUUGAAUUCAAUUUCAGCUUCGGGAUUGCCUCCUCAUGCUCUCACUCUGAAACCUGGGGUACCUUUAAGGCUUUUAAGAAACAUCGAUCCUAAGAAUGGCCUUUGCAAUGGAACACGGUUGCUAUGUCGUUCACUCAACAACCAUUUUAUAGAUGCUGAGAUUUUAACAGGGCAUUCCAGGGGAAAUAGAGUUUUCCUGCCCAGAAUUCCGUUGAAGAGUGCUGAAGAUAUAAAGUUGCCAUUUGAGCUGGUUCGAAAGCAAUUUCCAGUAAAAGUUAGUUUUGCCUUGACAAUAAACAAGUCUCAGGGGCAAACUAUACCCCAUGUAGGCAUAUACCUACCAGAUCAUGUAUUCAGCCACGGCCAGCUCUAUGGGGCAUUAUCACGAGGGACCUCAGAGAAUACAACAAAGAUUGUAGUAAAAAAGGGAAAAGUACAAGGACAUCAAGGGGUGUUUACAAAGAAGAUUGUAUAUAAAGAAGUUUUACUACCUUCUGAAUAG